AUGACACUCGCAAACCGUUGGAUGUUUGAGUGCAAGUCGAGUCACUAUGGAACCUGUAAGGACGAGGUUAGGAAGCUUUCAAUGGGUCUGAAUGUGAUAGACUGCGCUACGCGAACUUUGUGCGUACUGCCAGAGAAUAGACCUUACGUAUGCCUCAGCUACGUCUGGGGUCUCGCCAGCUCCAAUGAUUCGAGCCAGGUAGACCUGCACGACCUCCCACGGACCAUGAAAGAUGCGAUACACGUGACAGUUCGGCUCGGGAUGAGAUAUCUGUGGAUCGAUCGGUAUUGCAUAGAUCAAGCCAACGCUGCCGAAAAACACGAUGCUAUCAGCAACAUGGGAGUCAUCUACCAAGGGGCUGCGGUCACAAUCAUAGCUGCAGCUGGAGUUGGGCCUCAUGCAGGUCUUCCCGGUAUUGGAGAGACGCCUCUUAUUGAGGAAGAUGUUAUGUCCAUCAACGGGAAGCCGCAUGCAGCAUUUCCUAAUCCGAGAUUAGAAAUAUCGGAGGCUACGUGGAGCACUCGUGGAUGGACUUAUCAAGAAAUGUUGCUGUCGCGCCGCCGCCUUGUUUUUACUCCGUCUCAACUCUACUUCCAAUGCAAUGAUAUGCAUUGUGGGAACUUCAUGUUGGCUCGAUUCGCAGAAGCAACUGGGUCGAGUGCGCCAGCGCGGGCGUUCCCUCAAAUGCAGAAUGCGUCUGCGGAGAACUAUAUAUUCGACCGUUUGCAAGAGUACUACAUUCGGAGAUUAUCGUACCCGAGCGACAUCGUCAAAGCCUUCAUGGGGGUCAUUGGCGCGUUCAGUCUUAGUCGCCAUGACCGCAACCUACGCGCGUCGCAGUUCUACGGCAUACCGAUUCUGUACUUUGAUGCCGACGAGGCUGACCGAAAAUAUCCAGUAGCCAACAGACCAGCAAUGCCUAGGACAACUUUUCUAACAGGUUUAGCAUGGAGUAUCUCAGGCACUGAGCAGUGGCCGCUACAAACAACAAAUGACGAUAUGUUCCCGUCCUGGACAUGGGCAUCAGUCAAAUCGAAUCGAGGCGACAGCGACUGCGGAAACCUUAUGUUUCCUAUCACAUCUCAAUCAGACUACGGUUCAAAUACCCGCGUCUAUAUGCACCACCGCUCUCAAGGUCGUAGAGAACUCCGCGGCCACGUUGACGAGUGGUCGCGCCACGAAGCCUACCAUCCGUGGAUCGACCUAGAGAGCUGGACAGCCGCAAGUGCACUUAUCCCCGAGCCAGGCAUAGGGCAGCUGCGCAGCUACCCACUCAGCUACCGUAUGUCCGGCUUCAAAGGAGGGACACUGUCAUUCGACUACGGUGUCCAGAACCAGGCGGUAGCCACUGUGACCGUGGUGCUUCUUGGUGGUGGAUUUCACUUGCACACGGAUCCCGACGUUGCCAUAUUCCUCGUGCUUGAGGACGUUGGAGGUGGUCUCCAUCGGCGCAUUGGUCUGUACACUUCUGCCAGACACGAGCGUGAGUUUGCUAUGGAUCGUCUGGCGAAGAUGAUGACUCCUCGUUUUGCUGUUCAGAAACGAUCAGCGUCUCUGGAUGAACAGAAUCGGUCUGAGGCAGCUAGGGAGAGACUUGUGCAAGAGGAGCGUACGUGGCAGCGUCGUGUCGUGCGUGUAAUCUGA